AUGAUGGUGAUUUUGCUAAACUGCGUUACCCUGGGAAUGUACCAGCCAUGUGAGGAUAUGGACUGCCUUUCUGACAGGUGUAAAAUCUUGCAGGUAUUUGAUGAUUUCAUCUUCAUCUUCUUUGCCAUGGAAAUGGUCUUAAAGAUGGUUGCCCUGGGGAUCUUCGGCAAGAAGUGUUACCUUGGAGAUACCUGGAACCGCCUGGAUUUCUUCAUUGUCAUGGCUGGGAUGGUGGAGUACUCCCUGGAUCUCCAAAACAUUAAUUUGUCUGCAAUCCGUACUGUCCGUGUCCUGAGACCCCUGAAAGCUAUCAACCGUGUGCCUA